AUGGCCCUUCCCAAAGUUCUCAUGGUCGCAGAGAAACCUAGCAUCGCUCUCUCCAUCGCCACUGCUCUUUCCCACGGCCAGAUGUCUACAAGAAGAGGAAGCACAGAAGUUCAUGAAUUCGACGGGAGGUUUCUUGGUGCGCCUGCACGCUUUAAAGUGACAUCAGUUAUUGGACAUGUAUUCAGUGUAGAUUUUCAUGGUAAAUAUCAAGAUUGGGCUACCACAGAUCCCUUAGAUCUUUUUCAAGCUCAGGUUAUAAAGACUGAAUCAAAUCCAAAGGCACAUAUUUGUAAACAUUUAAAACAAGAAGCUCGUGGUUGUCAUUAUUUGGUAUUGUGGUUGGAUUGUGACCGUGAAGGAGAGAAUAUAUGUUUUGAGGUUAUAGAAUCAACCGGUUUCAAAAUAAAUGAUGUCUAUCGCGCACGGUUUUCUUCUGUUACUGAGAAAGAUGUCCUGAAUGCUCUAGCCAACCUUGUCAGACCAAACAGGGACGAAGCAAUGGCUGUAGAUGCCAGGCAAGAGAUAGAUUUGAAAGUUGGAGUUGCCUUUACUCGAUUUCAAACGAGUUUUUUCCAGGGGAAAUAUGGGAACCUAGAUGCCAGAGUCAUCUCCUAUGGACCCUGUCAAACUCCAACUUUAGGAUUUUGUGUGCAGCGGUAUUUGCAAAUAAAUACUUUCAAACCAGAAAAGUUUUGGAGUUUGCACCCUUACAUAAUUCAAAGUGGCUAUGAAAUUCUGCUAGAAUGGCAACGCAGCAAAUUGUUUGACAUAAAUGUUGCUAUGAUGUUUCAGAAGCUGGUUGCUGAAGAUGGGAUUCUGGAAGUGACUGAUAUAUCAGAAAAACAGGAAACCAAAGGUCGCCCUGUUGGUCUAAACACAGUGAAUCUUCUGAAGGUUGCUUCAAGUGCUCUAGGAUUUGGUCCUCAGACAGCUAUGCAACUAGCUGAACGAUUAUAUACUCAAGGCUUCAUCAGUUAUCCACGAACGGAAAGCACGGCAUACCCUCCGUCAUUUGACUUUCGUGGUGCACUCUCUGCACAAAAAAAUAAUCCAACUUGGGGAAACUAUGUAGAAGGGCUACUCACCAGUGGUUAUCAGAAACCUCGAUCGGGAACAGAUGUGGGUGACCAUCCUCCCAUCACUCCAAUGAGAUCUGCAUCAGAGGAUAUGCUAGGUAAUGAUGCUUGGAAGCUGUACCAAUAUAUCUGCCAAUACUUCAUAGGGACAGUGUCUCCAGACUGCAAGUAUGUAAGGAAAAAGGUUGAGUUUUCAGUUGGUGGAGAGUCCUUUCAUUGUACAGGGCAGCAUGUUAUCACCAAAGGAUUUACAGCAAUUAUGCCUUGGUUGGCAAUAAAUGAUAAAAGUAUUCCAUCAUUUACAAAAGGGCAGAAAAUAAAAGUAUCAAAAGUUGAGCUCUAUGAAGGGAAUACCACACCUCCAGAUUUUCUUACAGAGAGUGAGCUGAUCUCUCUGAUGGAGAAGAAUGGAAUAGGAACAGAUGCAUCAAUUCCUGUACAUAUUAACAAUAUAUGUGAGCGGAAUUAUGUGCAGGUACAAGCAGGCAGGAAGCUUGUCCCAACCACAUUAGGUAUAACUUUAGUAAGAGGUUAUCAAUCAAUUGAUCCAGACCUCUGCCUGCCCGAUAUCCGUAGCUUUAUUGAGCAACAAAUAACUCUUAUUGCUAAGGGCCAGGUAGAUCAUCAUCGUGUGGUGCAGCAUGUGAUUGAACAGUUCAAGCAAAAGUUUUGUUACUUUGUCAAGAAGAUUGAAGCCAUGGAUGCAUUAUUUGAAGCACAGUUUUCUGCACUUGUUGAUUCAGGGCGUAUUAUGAGUAAAUGUGGUAGAUGCUUGCGAUAUAUGAAGUAUAUUUCUACCCAGCCACCACGUUUGUAUUGUGGUACAUGUGAGGAAGUUUAUUAUCUUCCACAGAAGGGCACAAUAAAGCUGUACAAGGAACUGUCUUGUCCUUUAGACAAUUUUGAGCUUUUGAUCUGCUCCGUGGCUGGGCCAGAGGGUAAAUCAUUCCCACUAUGUCCUUACUGCUACAGCAAUCCCCCAUUUGAAGGUAUCGAAUCACUCAUCAAUACGGCUAAAACUAGUACUGCUGGCAAGGUUGGCAAGGGUGCUGGCAUGCCAUGCAACCUAUGCCCCCACCCCACUUGCCCAAAUUCUUUAGUUACCCAGGGUGUAUGUGCUUGCCCAGAGUGCAGUGGGACACUUGUCUUAGACCCCAUAAGUGCUCCCAAAUGGCGACUUUGUUGCAAUAUGUGCAAUUGCCUAGUUUUUCUUGCAGAGGGUGCUCAUAGAAUCUCGGCUACUAAAGAAAGGUGCCUUGAAUGCGACUCUUCAAUCAUAGAAGUGGACUUCAACAAGAAAACAACUCCUCUGGCAGAUGGGUCUACGUUGCACCGGGGUUGCAUUCUUUGUGAUGUAUUACUACAUUCCCUUGUAGAGAUGAAACAUGGGAGAGGCUUCAAGCGCAUGAGUUCACGUGGAAGAGGGAGAGGAAGGGGAGGAAGAGGAAGAGGACGGGGUGGUAAAAUGAUGGAUCCGAAAAUGAGUUUUCGAGAUUUCUAG